AUGAAUAAUAAUGAAAAUCUGAUAAUAUCAAGUAGUGAUGAUCAUACUAUUAAGUUUUAGAUAAAGCAAAAUGUAUGGAUCUGUUAAUAAACAAUUACAGAUCAUAAAAGCUAUGUUUAUUAAUUAAGUUUAAGUCAAGAAUAAGAUAAACUUAUUUCAUGCAGAUAGGAUCAAUUAAUAUUAAGAAUGGAAUAUUUAGAAGAUGAUAAAAAGUUGAUGGUGAUAUAAAAAAUUUAAGUUGAUUGUUUAGGAUAUCGAUUAUGUUUUAAAAACGAUAAUUUUUUCACAUUUUAACCUGAUUAUGGCAAUAUGAUGCAUGUUAAUGAGAUGAAUAGUGUAAAUAGAUAAAACUAAACAUAUUAUUGUAGAACAAGGUGA